AGACGUCAUUACGCAAUUGACGUAAUGUGACGUGCGCCGCCUCCCUUGUUCCUUGUUAUUGGAUAUCCCUCCGCCCUCGGACGCAGUUAUAAAAAAAAACAAGCUAGUUUGUAAACACCAUCGACGGUAGAUUUUCCUGGAGAUUUUUAAUAUCUCCUAGCCUUUGACAAUGAAGUUUAUGUACAAAGAAGAACAUCCAUUUGAAAAGCGACGAUCCGAAGGGGAGAAAAUCAGAAAGAAGUACCCGGAUAGAGUGCCUGUGAUCGUUGAGAAAGCUCCCAAAGCCAGAAUAGGAGAUCUGGACAAGAAGAAAUAUCUUGUCCCAUCUGACCUCACAGUGGGGCAGUUCUACUUCCUCAUUCGGAAAAGGAUCCACUUAAGGGCCGAAGAUGCCCUCUUCUUCUUUGUAAACAACGUCAUUCCCCCAACAUCUGCCACUAUGGGGCUGCUUUACCAGGAGCACCAUGAAGAAGACUUUUUCCUUUACAUUGCCUACAGUGAUGAAAGCGUCUAUGGGGACGUUUUGAGAGAUGUGUAACCAAUUUACUUGCCCCACACUACCCUUCCUUAAAAUAAAAUGAUCAAUACAUUAGGCCACACAAAAUGUACAUUUUGAAUGCAAUUUCAUAUCCUCCAAGUCUGUUUAUGAAAUAUUGUUUGUACUCCGUGUUGCCUGCAUAUUGUUCCUUCCUACUUAAGAGUUCCUCCUUCAGUCUUGCUUUUAGGCAGACCGGAUACAACCUACGUCCUGGUCUGUUUCAGUAAAUUAGUGGUACUGAUAUGCAUAAAAGCUUUUUUAGUGUUCUACACUUCUCCUUUCACUUUUUCUCACUUUCCCCCAGCACCGACACACAUCCUGCAGCCACCUUGCUAAUCUGAUGAUCUUUGUUUGGUUCGAGUUUGCUUUUUAGCCACCAUAUUUCCACUGAACAAAAUAGCUGAUAAUACUGGACUAUAAUACCAUGUAAUGUUUGAAAGUGUACCAUUGCCAAUAAUUCUUAUUUGAAAUGAAAUGGGUUGGGGCUGCUGUUCAUUUGAAUAAGCUGGUUAAAAGGUAAAAAAAAAUGUUGUUUUUUCAGUUGAUAAGCUGUAGGAGUUUGCUUUUUUAUGUUUCAGUUUUCUUAUAAUCAUUAUUAUGAGGUUAACAUUCAUGACUUGACUGGCCUUUCUUUUUCUUUGGGGUGGGGGGGGGGGGGUGGGCGUUGUUUAUAUUAUGGAUUGGUGUGUUUCGUUCCUUUUCCCCUUAAAGCUUUAAUUGUCAUGGUCACCCAUCUUAAGCGUCCCAUAGCUAUAAACCUGAUGUAAAAAGCU